AUGCCCGAGAAGGAUGUGGUGUCCUGGACGACGAUGGUCACGGCCUUCGCCGAGAAUGGCUUCCUGGACGAGGCAAGGAGAUUCUUCGAGCUGAUGCCACAGCCGGAUGUGGCCGCCUGGAACGCGAUGGUGGCGGGCUACGCUCAAGCCGGGUGCUUGAUCCAGAGAGGCCACCUCCAGGAGGCCAGGGACGUUUUCGAUCGGAUGCCGCACAAGAACUGCAUCUCCUGGCACACGAUGAUCCAGGCCUACGCAGCACACGGCCGGAUCGACGAGGCCUCGGCGCUCUUCGACCGGAUGCCCGAGAGGAUAACUACCUCCUGGAACGUGAUCAUCGCGGCGAAGGGCCAGUACGGGCUGGUGGACGAGGCGCGGGAGCUCUUCCGCGCGAUGCCCAACAGGGACGUGGUUUCGUGGAGCAGCAUGAUCACGGUGUAUGCCCAGAACGGGCAUGUCGAGGAGGCCAGGGGGGUGUUCGAGCGGAUGCCGAGGAGGAACAUCGUCUCCUGGACGUCGCUGCUCUACGCCUACGUCCAGAGCGGUGAGGUGGAGCUCGCAAAAUCGGUUUUUGAUCGGAUGCCCGAGGCCAACUUGGUGUCGAGAACCGCGAUGAUCACGGCCUAUGCUCAAGCCGGGCAUAUGGAGCAAGCCCGGAGCUUGUUCCAGAGCAUGACCCAUCACGACGUGGUGUCCUGGAACACGAUGUUGGCGGGCUAUGGACAGAACGGCGACCUCGCGCAGGCAAAGCUCCUCUUUGAUUCCAUGCCGGAGAGGAAUGCCGUGUCGUGGACGCUGCUGCUUUCGACGCUGGCCAAGAGCGGGGACGUCCCAGCGGCGCGGAAGCUCUUCGCGGAGCUCCCCGAGUGGGAUACAGUGGCGUGGAACUACAUGAUCGCGGCGUACGCGCUCCAUGGUGGCGAGCAGCAGCAGGAGACGGUGGAGCUGUGGAAGGCGAUGAGCUUGGAGGGAUUCAAGCCGGACGCGGUGACGACGAUCGCCAUGCUCUCGGCGUGCAUACACAAGGGGCUGGUGGAGAGGGGCCGGGGAUUGUUCCUGGCGAUGGAGGGCGAUCACGGAGUGGCUCCAAAGCAGGCGCACUUCCGGUGCAUGGUGAGCGUGCUGGGACGCGCGGGGCAGCUCGGGCGGGCCGAGGAGCUGAGCAAGACGAUGCCGUUUGUGGCGGACUCGAUCGUCUGGACGGCGCUGCUGGAUUCGUGCCGGGCUCAGGGAGACGAGCGGCGAGCCAUGCCGGUGGCCGAGAGCUUGAAGAAGUUAGCGGUCAAGCUUGAAACUUUGGUCACAGCUUUGGUCGAUCGCUAUCGGCCUGGUGUGGAGCGGAAGAAGUUAGCGAUCAAGCUUGAAUUGGUCACAGCUUCGGUCGAUCGCUAUAGGCCUGGUCUGGAGCGGAAGAAGUUAGCGAUCAAGCUUGGAACUUUGGUCGCACUUUUGGUCGAUCACGAUCAGGCUGGUCUGGAGUGGAAGAAGUUAGCGAUCAAGCUUGAAACUUUGGUCACAGUUUUUUGUCGAUCGCGAUUGGGCUGGUCUGAAGUUAGCGAUCAAGCCUGA